AUGUCUACUUCAAAUGAUCUUAUCAUGUCUACUUCAAAUGAUCUUACCGGAUUUUGUUCUACCUGUAAAAAAACAAAAUCAGUUGCUGAAUUUACUAGACUUUAUAAGGGCAAAAUGAAAGGAAAACAAGCUUAUCAAAAUAAAAAACAUAAAGAAAAACUGAGAGAAAAUGAAAACACUUCUUUACAGUCCUUAAAUAAUAUAAAUGGAAAUGAAUCAUGA